GAUCACAUCUUCCUGUGUUCUCACUUGUAAGAAGCAAUUCAAAUCUAUUCUUACCGUUGUGAUGGAUCCGGCUUCAGCGGCAGACAUCUCCGCCGUCGAUGACGGUGCUGGGUCUUCCAUCUCCACCAUCCACUCCGACGUCAUUCAGACUCACAUCCUCACCCGACUUGACGGACCUGCCCUCGCCUCCGCCGCAUGUGCAUCAGCUCAAUUACGACGUCUUUGCGCCGAAGAUGAUCUCUGGAAGAAUAUCUGCGCAGCCACGUGGCCCUCUCUCGAUGACCCGCUUGUGCGCGACGUCAUCUCCGCCUUCCCCAACGGUCACCGUUCCAUUUUUUACGAUUCCUUCCCCUCCCUCCAACCUCUUCCUUCCACAAAGAAGCAUUUGUACCGUCCUUCUCCCUCCACGGAAUUAAUCUCCGCCGUCGAUAUGUACUACAAGGACACGCCCAUCUUCUCCAAAGUCCAGCGCACCGAUACCCAAACGGGCUGGUUCCUCUGCUCGACUUUGUGGGUCGACCUGCUCGACCCGAAAGAAUUUGUGCCGACUCCCGUUAAAUACGUACCGAAAGACGAGGAGUGGUUGAAGCACUUGGAGGACAACCUGAGUUUGAGCUGGAUCCUGAUCGACCCAACCCGGAAGCGAUCGGGGAAUCUAUCGAGCAGGAGGCCGGUUUCGGUGCAGCGGCACUGGUUGACGAGGGACCUGGAGAUACUGUACUCGGUGACGGUGGCGCGUGAUCAGAUGUCAUCGGAGUGCUUGCAGUGCACGAUAAAGGUCACGUGCGGUGGGAAGGCCGGAGGGGAGAUGCACGUGAGGGGAGUGAGCUUGAUGGUGGAGGAUAUGGAGGGUAAAAGCAUGACUGGAAGGGAGAGUCUGGGGAUUCUUCAAAGGGCGAUGGAAAGUGCGGAGAGGACAAAAGUGACCCAAGAAGAAGCAAAAGGGAGAUAUGAGAAAUUCUUGGGGAUGAAGAGACAGAGGAGAGAAAGGAAACAGAGGAUAGAAAAAGCGACGGACAUUAUUUCAGUUAUGAUCAUCAUCCUUGUUUUUGUAUUCUUUUGCAGUUUUAUGCUGUUCUAAAGUCCUAACGCAACAGAAAGAAAUAGUUGAAUGUAUAGUAAUGAAUUCUUUCAUCUUGUACAGUGUUAGUUUAUUGAGAAUCCAGGAAAAGCAGAGGAGGUAAAGGUCUUCAAUGUCUGCACAUGAUGCUCAUAGCUUGGAAUUGCAAGUAGUACGACUUGAAACAAAA